AUGAAGGGACUAAUGCCAUCUUCAACAAAUAGUAAUAAUGAUAUUAGUAAAAAGACAGAAUCAUUUAUAUUGGAUCAACAAAUAGAGAUAGAAGUUCCAAAAAUUAAUGAACCAGUUACAGAUGAUGUUUACGAACUUAAAGAAUCUGAAUCAUGCAAUUUUACCAUUUCUUCUGUCAUUGAAGAGAAACUUUGUAGAUCUAAUAUACAUGAUUCACCAAAAUUAUUUAACUCAAAGAAACCUGAUGAGCUGCAAAGAGUCUUUGUUCCUUCAGCACAAAAGGAAUAUGAAGUUUUGGAUCUGUGCAUGAAACCACCUGAAUCACCACCUACCAACAUUUUUAGUAUACCGAAGCAUUAUGAACCUAAUGAUAUGAUCGUUGAAGAAGGAGAUGAUGAUGAAGUUUAUGAUGAAUCAAAAUUGGUUAAAGCUGAAAAUUAUAAAAUAGAAAAUGAUUACCAAAAGGUUUCUGAUCUUGUGGUUAUAAGCGAAAAACAUAAUUCUUCCAAUGUACAAAUUGAUGAAAACAUAGAAGCACAGUCCCUGCCACUACUACGACCAUAUUUACAUACUAAUAUUGAAAUAGAUUUUAAAACAUUCAAUAUGCUCUUGUUCAAAGAAACAAUUCGAGUCAAAAUAGACUAUAUAUGGAUAAUAAUGAUGAAAACACAAAAUCUGGUUUUGAAUUUUAUCCAAAUUCUAAACUACCUUCAAUCGAAAUUAGAGAAGUCAUUGCUGAACCUUCAGUUAAUGAUAAGUCUAAAAAAAUUUGAUUUUGUAGUCGAAAAUGUUAAAGAUAAAUAUGAUAAAGAAAAAAUUAUGGUGCUUCCAGAAUUGCAAUGUAGAAAAGAAAUAGUAGAUGAAGAUACUCUCAAUAAUGUUUUAAAUAAAGAAUACAAUUGUAAAUCUGCAGAAUGUGACAUUCAUAAGCCUAGUACUAGUAAAGGUUUCUUUGAUAUGAUAUAUCAACCAGGUACAAGCAAAGAUAGUUUUUAUGAAACUGACACCAGUAGUGACGCAAAAAAUAGUGUCUUUGAAGCUAGUCAAGCAGUCAAAAAUGUUAUUUUUGAUACAAAUGUCCCUGGACAAAGUAGUUUAUUUGAUCCCAAUAUUCCAAGUUGCAGUACCAAAGACUUCUAUGAUCAUAAUAUUCCAAGUACCAGUAAAAGCAACUUUUAUGAAAACUCUUUGCCCAGUACUAGCAAAAGUUUUUAUAAUUCUGAAUAUGAUGUAAAUAAUGUUCUUAAUUGUAAAGAAACGAUACCAGGUAGUCCAACUGGUAUGUCAGAAAAACAUUAUGAACAAGAAAGAAAAAAAGCUCUUCAAACACUCUAUGAAGAAAGAGAAGCUGCUUCAGCUAUGUGUGCUAUGAAUCAAUCUUUUUGUAGACCAAUGAUUACAUUGAUGGGUGCUACAGAAGAAGAAAUGGAAGAAUAUACUAACAUUCUUAAAAAAGAUGGAGCAAUUCUUGAUCAACAACAUUUACUGUUCUUAGCUGAGAUUUCUAGUAAAAAACUUGGUAAUAAUAUAAAUGAACCAUCAGUUACAGAACUACUUGAAAGAGAACCAGAGACAAUAGUCAAGAAAAUAGCAAAGCCACCAGAAAAAAUACAAUUCAAACGCAAAAUUAGUAGUCAUGAACAAACAUCAAAACGCAGUAAAUUAUCUACUGCUACUGCGCCUAUUCCUUCAGUAAGCCAUGUUGAAAACCCAGACGAAGAAGAAGAAUGGAAAUCUAUACUUGUCAAACCUGUAUUCCCUCCAGAAAUGAUAUCGGCUCAAAAGCAAGCUGAACUAAUGGACAGAUUGAAUGAUGUACGAAAAGUAUAUGCUACAGUAAAAGCUCGUUUAGUUGUGAUUAAUCGAAGAAAGAAAAAAAUUGAUAAGCGAAAAAGGGAACAGGCCAAUGCUGCUAGACAAGCAGCUAGUAGCGAAUCUUAAUACAAUUUUGCUUAGGUGAUCCGCCUACUAGAAUUUAAGUAUAGAUAUAUAAUAUGUUAAAUAUUUGAUAUUAUAUCAUUAAAAAUGUAAUUCCAAAUAAUAUUAUAUACUUCAUUAUAUAUAUAUAUAUUUUUAAACCUUCCAUACAAGGAUAACUUAUUUUUUCAAAGUAAAAUAGACAUUUUUAAGAAACCUGUUAAAAUUUAAAAUUGUAUCCUUUUUAGUAUUUGUCCAAAAUGACUUGUACCUUAGUAAUUAGUAAAUAAAUUCUUUGUUUCAAUCCAUUCUUUACAUUUCAAUUGAUAUUUGAGUUUAUUUUGCAGUCAAAUGUGUAAAUUCACUAUGCUUAUAAUUUGUGAGGGUUCAAAAGAAAAUAUUGUGCCUUAUGAUGAUCUUAUUAAGUGUGUCUAUACAUUUUAAAUAAUAUUUAAACACUUCCUAUUUUGUUAUUAAAAUUAAGUGUUUUUCUAUUGUUGAACUAUUUAAUUAUUUU